CUUCAUGUGGGUAUUUAAUUAUUGUUUCCAUCAAUUCAUCCUCUUUGGAUUGUUUGACACCAAAUUGACAAGCAAUUGGGGAUUGGGUCUCUCUCUCUCUCUCUCUCCAACUAAGCUGUCUACAACUUUUAGUCUGACUGUCUGACCAGGAAAGUCUGUAAUCUCCAUUUUCUUCCUUAUAAGUUACAUUUAUCUAAGCAAAAGAGAAUCAAAUUAGUCUAAAACCAUGAUUUACACAGCUCUAAUCAACAGAAACACAUUCAUCCCAGUGACCCCAGGAAUGCAAAGACCUCCAGCAAAUGCAUCUCUUCUUCACUCCAAUCUCAUCUUCAGCUUUGACCACCGGAACCGAAGAGUACCGUUAUCUUCCUCAAAAAACAGCAAGAACUCCAUAGAACCAAGCACCCAUCUUGUGAAACCCAUCAUUAUAACCCCUGACCAAGUCCCACCAAAGAAUUGCAAUACCAAGAGAAAUGACAGAAGAACAGAGCAUCUCCAAGUUGGUCAUCAACAGAUGUCGAUUCUAUGUGGAUUUGGGUAUUGGGUCCAAGGUUUCAGGUGCUUUCCAUGGUUGGCGCUCAACUUCCACAUGGCUCACACCCUGAACUUGCAUCCUUCGGUAUUGCAGCUUGUGCAGAACUCCGCUAACCUACCCAUGGUAGCCAAACCACUUUUUGGGGUAAUUUCUGAUGCUGUAUAUAUCGGCGGUGCUCAUAGAAUACCUUAUAUCUCCAUUGGAGUCAUUUUGCAGAUUCUGUCAUGGGGAGCCAUUGCAUUGGUCCCAGUUGGGGGUGAAGUUCUUCCUAUGCUAAUGGCUUGCAUUCUAAUGAGCAACAUUGGUGCAUCCAUCACAGAAGUUGCAAAAGAUGCUCUUAUUGCAGAGUACAGCCAAAAACACAAAUUGGGUGGUCUCCAAACCUAUGCUUUCAUGGCUCUAGCUGCAGGGGGGUUAUUAGGAAACCUGUUGGGUGGGUUUUUCUUAUCGAAAACACAACAAACCAGGGCCAUGUUUCUCUUAUUUUCUCUGUUACUAUCGGUUCAACUUGCAGUUUCCUUAAAUGCAAGGGAGGAUUCCCUCAGUUUGCCACAACCAUCAGAGCACCAUCUCAUUAGGAAUUCUCUCUCUGAAAACCUACACAAACAAUUCUCCAAUCUUCUUACUGCAAUCAGUGAAGAGAGUAUCUCCCGUCCUCUCAUCUGGAUUGUAGCUUCUAUUGCUGUGGUUCCAAUUUUGUCAGGUACUACCUUCUGCUACCAAACACAAUGUCUAAAGCUUGAUCCUUCAAUCAUCGGGAUGUCUAAAGUGAUUGGUCAGUUCAUGCUUAUAUCCGCAACUGUAAUGUACAAUCGCUAUUGGAAAACUGUUCCCAUGAGGAAAUUGAUGGGCACAGUGCAGAGUGUAUAUGCAGCCUCCCUUCUCCUAGACUUGGUGCUAGUAAAGCAGAUCAAUCUUAAGCUGGGAAUUCCAAAUGAAGCCUAUGUCCUAUGCAUGUCAGGUUUAGCAGAAACCAUUGCUCAAUUUAAGCUUCUUCCUUUCUCAGUGCUGUUUGCGAAUUUAUGUCCACCAGGAUGUGAAGGAUCGCUCACUUCAUUUUUAGCUUCAGCGCUUUGUUUAUCAUCCAUUAUCAGUGGGUUUAUGGGUGUGGGUUUGGCAUCUCUCAUUGGAAUUUCAUAUAGUGAUUACACUAGCUUGCCUAUGGGCAUUAUGCUACAAUUUCUUGCCGCUUUGUUACCUAUGGGUUUGAUAUCUUCUGUACCCAUGUCACAAUCAAUAGCAAAGGGAAGAAGAAGAGGCGUGAGUAAAAGAAGUAGGAGAAAUAGAAGAGUAGGAAGAAUGGCAUUGGAUUCUGUUUAUGCAUACCGGCGCCUGAGAGAAUACGAGACAGAAAAGUGAAGCAAGCUGAUGGGCUGAAGGAAUGAAAAUCAAGUGAAGGAAUCAUGUCAUUUUCUAGUGCCUUACUCUGAAUCAAUGUUAACUGGAGAUUUCUCUUUGUUUCUGAUUCAGACAAUUUCACUGCAGAACCUGCAAGCUCAGAGUGUAUUGCAAGCUAGAUUACUGAAUAUACAACCAAUUCUUUGGCUAUUUCAGUUUAGACUUCGCUAAAAUUGCUUGGAUAAGGCACAGGGAUUGGUGUUAUCGACUGCUGGAGAUUUCCUUACCUUCACUACUGUUGAAGAUGUACUUUAUCCAAAUCUCACUGUCAAGAAUCAGCAGCUUCGUUGGACUGCCACAAGCUGAUGUUAUAGCCACUUGCAAUUGGUCAUCCAAAUUUUGGCAUCUGAAAGAUAACAUCUGUAAAAAAAAUUUACCGAGAUUCUGAUUGAAAUCCGAAAAAAAAAAAAAUUUUGACUGUUUAAAACUCAAUUCUAUCUUGGACAUGGUCUUUGACAAUCUCCUAGUGGCAACACUACUGUUUGUUUUCAUUCUUUUCGUUCAUCCUACUUCUACAUCAGUCCAUAUUGAAUGCACACAAUGAAGCUAGGAGAGUUGGUCCUGUGACCUCCUGGGAGCUUGCACUCUACACUCAAGGCUUCAAACAAGCAGUUGUCUCACUUUCUAUGGACUUACGAGAGUCCUAAACAGUGCAAAACUGAAAUGCAACGAUGUCAUGCAAGAUUAGUGCCAAGCACUAGAGCUUAAUGAAGAUUAGGCAUACAAAAUUCAAGGGGGAAAAAGGAAAAAGAAAAAUCUCAGGCCUUCUUGAAUAUAGACACCAUGGAGAUUGGUGCGCAAUGUGGUUGUUCAGUGCAUUUAAGUUGCAGCUAAUGCUAUGAAUCAUAUACCAACCUUGGAAACAUCCAAGCAUCCAUGAUAGGACUGAAAGAAACUGUAACCGAGUAGCAGAUUUACCUCCAAUUGGACUGAGUAGAUUUGCCAUUCUCUGUCCUACUAUGUAUCUUUUCCGACAUGGCAACUGAAUGUAAUGUUUUUCCUGCAACUCACAGUGUCUUCUGGCGUUUUCAACAUCUGAAUUCAAUGGCACUACUCACGCUCCUUAAUGUUGUGCCAGAGACCCUAUUAAAGAUUUUAAAUCUCUUCCAUUCCCAUCAUCAGGGAGUUAAGAGUUGUAGUUCCCGCUGACAGUUUACAGCAACCGUGCUCUAUUCUGAUGCAGCAAUGUAGGCCAUAUCAGCUUACAAAGACUGCAUAGCUUCAAUGAUCUUAUGACAAGGUUGCAGUUUACCUGCCUUGUGGCAGAACUAUGAUCUUAUGACAAGGGCCUUC